CUGAGUUCACUUGUUUUUCACAAAGAUGGUGAGAACUCCGUCUUGUGACAAAAGUGGACUGAGAAAGGGUACUUGGACUCCCGAAGAAGAUAUGAAGUUAGUUGCUUAUGUCACUAGGUAUGGCUGCUGGAAUUGGCGCCAACUUCCCAAGUUUGCAGGUCUUGCAAGGUGUGGGAAAAGUUGCAGAUUGAGAUGGAUGAACUAUCUAAGGCCUAAUCUCAAAAGAGGGAACUUCACUCCACAAGAAGAAGAAUGCAUCAUCAGAAUGCUCAAAACUCUUGGUAACAGAUGGUCCGCUAUUGCUGCUGAGUUACCAGGAAGAACAGAUAACGAAAUAAAAAACCAUUGGCACACCACUCUCAAGAAAAAGUAUCAACAAAAUACAGCUACAAAUGAAGAUGCCAGAGCCUCCAAAUCAAAGAAAAAAGAAUCCAACAAAAAUGGUGUUACUGUUAGACUUCCAGCCACUUCCCAGAUUUCAGAUAAUUCAUCAUUCUCGCCGGUUUCAUCCUCCAGCAGCGAGUUUUCCUCCAUAACUUCAGAUUUUUCCAGUUUUACUAGCAUGGAAAAUUUGUUGUUUGAAGAUGACUUGGGUUUUCUUGAUUCGUAUGUGAAUGAAAGUUUCUGGAAAGAACUGAAUCUUGAUGGUGAACCUUGUGAAGUAGUGUCAAGAGAUACUACUUCUACAGAGAUGGUUGAUUCUUGUGCAUUAUCUCCGCAUCAAUCAUUGAGUGAAAGUGUCAUUGUGGACAAUGACUUUGGCAGCUUUCUGGAUGCAAAUGGAGGGGUAACAUUCGAUAACUUUUGGUCACAACCAUAUGUGGCUGACGUGUCCCACGUUCCAAGCGAGCUAUUUGUUCCCUCCGUGGUAGAAUCUGAAUAUUUUACUCCAAUCUACGAUGAUCUGUGGGGUCAAAGUCAUUUUGUACAAUCAAAGUUUUAGCUUUGUUUAUCCUGAUGAACAGUUUCUAGUGAGUCAUAUACUUGUAUAAUAGUGAUGUAGGAGUGCCUAUCUGUAUUUCUCUUUUAUAAUUUAAUAUAGAAAGUUGCUUCUGCUCUACUUUUA